ACUCCCCGAAAGCCCGGCCCGCGCCGCCACCGGCCGGGAAUUCUGGGAGUAGGAGUCCGAGAGAGGCCUCGAAGCAAACGGAAAUGAUAAAACUGGUAUUUCGUCGUCGUCGUCCCCCCGCAAAUGGACGUUGUUGGUGCCUUCCAACCGCGUCCAAUUGGCUCCUCCCCCCUUUUCGGUUUAGAAAUGGUUUCGCCCAAGAGGCAGCCCUGCCCUCCGCUCUGGACGGGAAGCCAGAAGGGAAAGAAGAAGAGCUUCAUCGAGGUGGCAACAGCAGCGGAGUUUUUCAGAUGAUUACUGCCUGCCUCUGAUAGGAAGGUGUUGAUCUGAGUCUGAAGGAUCUUAGUGGACCCACAUUUGGAGUGGCAGUCAUGUCAGCCUAUACGAAAAGCUACAAUCCCUUUGAUGAAGACGAGGACGAAGAUCUAAAGCCCGUAAAGUGGAACGAAAGCAAUGAACCCCCCAGGGGAGCCCCCGACAGACAGAGCUAUCUCCAGCAAGAGGUCUUGAGGCGCUCUCAGGCCACAGUUGACAGCACUAACCGCUCACUCGGUCUCAUCUAUGAGUCAGAACAUAUCGGAGUGGCCACCUCCGAGGAGCUUACCCGGCAGGGUGAGGUACUGAAGCGCACCGAACGAAUGGUGGACAAGAUGGAUCAAGACUUAAAGACAAGCCAGAGGCAUAUCAACAGCAUCAAGAGUGUGUUUGGUGGCUUUGUAAAUUAUUUCAAGGCCAAGCCGCAAGAGAUAAAGCCUGACGAAAAUGGGGCCUCUGAGCACCAAGCAAGCAACAAAUUAAAAGAAGCGUUGUCUGUCAGUAAAGAACAGGAGUCAAAGUACCAGGAGAGUCAUCCAAAUCUGCGGAAGCUGGAUCAUUCAGACUAUAGUUCCAGUGGAACCAAUUCAAAUCCUUCAUCUCAACGUGAUAACUACCCCAAGAAUCAGUACCUUCGAUCUUAUCACCAGCAAGUUGAUAACAAUUUAGAUGAGAUGUCCUCUGGUCUGGGCCGUCUGAGGAAUCUUGCUCUGGGCUUGCAGUCUGAAAUUGAGGUGCAAGACGAAAUCCUGGAUCGCCUCACCAACAAAGUCGACACGCUGGACAUCAAUAUCAAAAGCACAGACAAAAAAAUCAAGGAGCUUUAAGGCGCUCCCAAUUCUCAACUCCCAUAUUUGAACUUGGCACAUUUGAUAUGCUUGUCUGUUGUCUUGCUGUCUAGGAAACUACCAGCAGAAAGAAAAUGGCCUGUGUGACUGUCUUGCUUUGUGAUUAAAACUGAAUAGCCUUAAAUUCAGUCAGAGAAAUUUAAGCCACCUCCUUUUAUGUGUUUAAGAGCAAGUUUAAGAACUGCCUGUUGGAGCUUCUGAUUUCAGAGUCACUGUCUCAGUUCUGUACAAAUCUACAAAAGCUGUGAGCUUCUACUUUUACAGUGCCCUUUGGCCUUCGGUUAUGGCAGACGUUCCAUACGAUGAGUGUAUCUUCAUUGCCUGUUUCAUGAGAAGUGUUACUCAUUCCUUACUCUGAAAUGGUAAAUACUGUAGGCUAUGCAUUGUGGAGUAGCUGUUCAUUUACUUCUUCAUCAGCUUUUUAAAGUUUGGGAAGACCAAUAAGCUUCUGUCAAAAGCAGAGGUUGCGGUCCAGAAGCAAAGCAACUAUAUGAAGACAGCGGUGGUUCUGGUAGUCUUUCUCUUCCAAUAUAAGCAGUAAGGCCCAGCAUGAUUUGCUAUAUAUUUUAAAAAGAGGUUUACUGUCUGCUUGCUUCUGUUUGUAAAUGGACUUGAUGAGGAUGUUGCAAGAGUGCUCAGUUUUAGAUUUGUUUAUACAGCCACCCUUUCCCUGUUGCCUGAUGCCAAAGGGCCAAUUGCUUCUGGUUUUCAUUUCAGAAGCAAUGUGUAAGCUGGCAUCUAGAAACACCCCUGUGGUCUGGGCACACAUGAAACAACUCUGCCUGCUGGUCAAUUAUUAUAGGUCACCUGCUUUAGGAUUGCAUAUCGUAUCAGUCUGUCAUUGCUGAAACGGGCACCGUCCUGCUCCUUAAUUAGUCUCGGCAUGUACAUUCUGCAGCAGAGCUCUCUAUGUACAGUGUAACCCGCUGUCCUUUUUGAAUCUAUGUGAUUGUUUCUGUGUUUACCAAAUAUGAAGGUUUUUGAAACUGCACUCAGUGACAAAUAUCAUCUCUUAAACCCACACAGUGAAUCAUCGGUGCAAUAAAGAACAACUGAAAAUUGCA